AUGGGGCUGCAGCCCCUGGAGUUCAGCGACUGCUACCUGGACAGCCCCUGGUUCAGGGAACGGGUCAAAGCCCAUGAGGCCGAGCUGGAGAAGACCAAUAAGUUUAUCAAGGAGCUGCUGAAGGAUGGGAAAAACCUGAUCGCCGCCACCAAAAACCUCUCAGCAGCCCAGAGAAAAUUUGCCCAUUCUCUAAGAGACUUCAAAUUUGAAUUCAUUGGUGAUGCAGAGACAGAUGAUGAAAGAUGCAUAGAUGCAUCACUUCAUGAAUUUUCAAACUUCUUAAAAAAUUUGGAAGAACAAAGAGAAAUUUUGGCGCUCAGUGUUACUGAAACUCUGAUCAAACCUUUGGAAAGAUUUAGGAAAGAGCAGCUAGGAGCUGUAAAGGAGGAAAAGAAGAAGUUUGAUAAAGAGACAGAGAAGAACUACAGUUUGUUAGAAAAGCAUUUGAAUUUAUCAGCUAAGAAGAAAGAGCUGCAAUUACAAGAGGCAGAUAACCAAGUGGAGCAGAAUAGGAAACACUUCUACGAGCUGUCCCUCGAGUACGUGUGCAAGCUGCAGGAGAUACAGGAGAGGAAGAAGUUUGAGUGUGUGGAACCUGUGUUAUCUUUUUUCCAGGGUUUGUUCACUUUCUAUCAUCAGGGAUAUGAGCUUGCUAAAGACUUCAAUCAUUACAAAAUGGCCCUGCAGAUAAAUAUACAAAAUGCACGAAAUCGUUUUGAAGGCACAAGGUCAGAGGUAGAGGAGCUCAUGAACAAAAUCAGAAGAAAUCCUCAGGAACAUAAAAGAGCCAAUCACUUCACCAUGGAAGGCUAUCUCUAUGUGCAGGAGAAAAGGCCUGCUCCCUUUGGCUCCAGCUGGGUGAAGCACUACUGCACCUACAUGAAAGAGACCAAGAAGUUCACUAUGAUCCCAUUUGAACACAGAUCAGGAGGGAAAGUUGGGGAUGAGGAGCUCUUUGUCCUUACAUAUUGCACUAAGAGAAAUGUCGAUACCACAGACAGGAGAUUCUGCUUUGACUUAGAGGCUUCAGACAGGCCUGGAGUUCCUGUGACCAUGCAGGCAUUUUCUGAGGAAGACAGAAAGCUGUGGAUGGAAGCCUUGGAUGGAAAAGAAGCUCUGUUCAUCAAUGUGAGCAGAGCAAGUGCCAAGCCAGAGGGAAGUGCACAGCUGGAUAAGAUAGGGUUCACCAUCAUCAGAAAGUGCAUCAGUGCUGUUGAGACACGAGGUAUUAAUGACCAAGGACUGUACAGAGUUGUGGGGGUGAGUUCAAAGGUCCAGAGACUUCUGAGUUUGUUGAUGGAUGCAAAAACCUGCAAUGAAGUUGACCUGGAAAACUCUGUAGAUUGGGAAGUGAAGACAAUUACAAGUGCUAUGAAGCAGUAUCUGCGAAGCCUUCCGGAGCCGCUGAUGACAUACGAGUUGCACGGAGAGUUCAUCGUUCCUGCCAAAAGUGGGAGUCCUGAAUCUCGAGUUAAUGCCAUUCACUUCUUGGUCCACAAACUCCCAGAGAAGAACAAGGAGAUGCUGGAGAUGCUGGUGAAGCAUUUAGCCAACAUCUCGAAGCACGCCAAAAGGAACCUCAUGACUGUGGCGAACCUGGGGGUCAUAUUUGGACCAACCUUAAUGAGGCCCCAGGAAGAAACUGUAGCAGCCAUCAUGGACCUCAAGUUUCAGAAUAUCGUCGUCGAGAUCCUGAUAGAAAACCAUGAGAAGAUUUUCAAAACCCUGCCUGAUGCCACUUUCCCCGAGCCAAUCUCUAUGUCAGUGUCUCCUCCAAAUGCCCCACCAAGGCAGUCAAGAAGACAAGGACAACGUAUUAAGAGGCCUCUGGCUGUUUACAAUCUCUGUCUUGAGCUGGAUGAUGCUGAAAGUCACAGUUCUCCCAGAGAAGACACCCCAACUGGGAGUACGGAUUCUCUUUCUUCCCAAUCUCCAACACCUGCCUUUUCCAGCAGCCCCCCUGGGCUCCUGGAUGGAAAUCACCUUAUUAUGGACUGUGGAGAUCUUGCAGGCUGGACAACAAAUCUUCCUGGUCAAAGCCGCCCAUCGAUGGUCUCCUGGAUGAAUCCUCUCUCUGCCACAGAUGCUGCACCAUCUGCUUUCUUCUUCCCCAACCCUGCUGCUGGGAGUGACAGAGCACUGGAGAGCGCUGCCCCCCGCAAGGCGCGCGCAGUGUACCCCUGCGAGGCAGAGCACAGCUCUGAGCUGUCCUUCCAGACGGGAGCCGUUUUUGAGGACGUGCAAUUUUCCAGAGAGCCAGGCUGGCUAGAAGGCACACUAAAUGGCAAGAGAGGACUUAUUCCACAGAACUAUGUUCAGUUCUUGUAGCUCUCUGCACUGAUCGCCAGGAAAGGUGUACAUGGUAUCCAUGGAUUUCUGUAUAGUCACUUCUCCCUCCCUUUGUGACUGCUUUUAAUCACUGAAGAGCUCGACUAUGGUUUGAAGAUCCACAUCUGUGUAAAGACUUUCAAGCAU